GCAGUAGAGCCAUUCGUUGUCGUGGGUGGUAACUUUGUAGCAGCAAGGCUAGCCUUGUUCGCCAGAGUUUGUGUUUUCGCGGCUCAGGAGAAAGGGCUGAGUUUUCCCGGCUCGUGGGGCUCCCGCUGCUUCUCCGGCCAAUUGCAGAUCUGCCCGCUGCCCUCCGGCCCCUUUGCCCUGCUUUGGAGAUUGAGGCAGCAGUUCUAGGCUGACCAUGUCCCGGAAUUACUCUGAUACAAGUAACAGAAAAGAACAUGUCAAAAUUACAGCUGACCAGCAGCCGGGCUUCUUGGAGCGUCUCAGUGAAACAUCAGGAGGCAUGUUUGUUGGAUUGAUGACAUUUUUACUUUCCUUCUACCUGAUCUUUACUAAUGAGGGCAGGGCCUUGAGGACGGCAACUUCUCUUGCUGAGGGGCUCUCGCUUGUGGUUCCACUUAACACCAUCCAUAGUGUGGCCCCAGAGAACGAGGGGAGACUCGUGCACUUGAUUGGCUCCCUGCGGACGUCCAAGCUCUUGUCUGAUCCCAACUAUGGGGUCUUUAUCCCUGCAGUGAAAUUGAAGCGACACGUGGAGAUGUACCAGUGGGUGGAGUCAGAAGAGUCCAGGGAGUACACAGAAGACGGCCAAGUGAAGACAGAGAGGAGAUACUCCUAUAAUACCGAGUGGAAAUCGGAAAUUGUGAACAGCAGGAACUUUGACCGAGAGAUUGGGCAUAAAAAUCCCAGCGCAAUGGCCGUGGAGUCCUUCACAGCUGUCGCGCCUUUUGUUCAGAUUGGCAGGUUCUUUCUUUCUGCAGGUCUUAUUGACAAAAUUGACAACUUCAAACCACUGAGUCUGGCCCACAUGGAGGACCCCCAUGUCGACAUCCUCCGACGAGGAGACUAUUUCUAUCACAGCGAGAACCCCAAGUAUCCAGAGGUUGGAGAUGUACGGGUUGCCUUUUCCUAUGCAGGCCUGAGUGGUGAUGACCCCAACCUGGGCCCAGCUCAUGUGGUCACUGUGAUUGCUCGCCAGCGUGGAGACCAGUUGGUCCCAUAUACCACCAAGUCUGGGGACACCCUGCUUCUUCUGCACCAUGGAGAUUUCACUGCGGAGGAAGUGUUUCAGAGAGAACAUCAAAGCAACACAAUGAAAACAUGGGGCUUUCGAGGUGCCGGCUGGAUGGCCAUGUUUGUGGGCAUCAAUCUGAUGACCCGGAUCCUGUAUACCUUGGUGGACUGGUUUCCGCUUUUCAGAGACCUGGUCAACAUCGGCCUGAAAGCAUUUGCCUUUUGUGUUGCUACAUCCCUGACCCUACUGACAAUUUCUGCUGGCUGGCUCUUUUACCGUCCCCUCUGGGCACUGGCCAUUGGCUUGCUGGCCAUAGUUCCUAUCCUUAUUGCUCGAACCCGGGCACCAGCAAAAAAGCAGGAGUGAAGAACAUCCUGGGCUCUGGACUGUGUGCUUUCACCUCAGAAUGUCGGAGGAGGGUUUGGAGGCCCAUUGCGUCCCUCACGACCGAAGCUAUCACCACAUCCUCAUACCUGUCAAGUCACCAGCUCCACCUGGCAGAACAGCCAAACAGGACCUUCGUGCCCACCCCCAUCCCCCAACUCCUGACUUAGGGACUUCAAUGUCUCUCUGGUAUUUAGGCAAACUGGGGCGAAUCCUUUCUUUCUCUCUAGCAAGCACCUUGGGUUGGUGGAAGUGGUGCUUCCAGCUGGCACCACUGGCUUUUUUGAGCUUCCUUUGUUGAGUUUUAUCUUUGGGGAAGGGGUCACUGCAGCUCAUAAUCUGGAUUCUACCUCUGAUCUUCCUGGGGAGACUUUUUAGCUCCAAUGCUGCAGCUGAUCCAGCUGCAGUGCAGAGGUAAAAACAACAUAAAAUCCACCAAGAUCCACUAAUAAAAGGUGCUUAGUAUUA